CUCGCGGCUUUGUUUUGGCGGGAAAAUCGCGCGGCAAUCGCCGCUCGUCUCGCGCUCGUGUGCCACUACCCGUCGUGAGUGCCGUGCCCGGAGGAUCGACUUCCAGCGACUCCCGGGGGGACUACGAUUUCUUCGGGAAGCGUCUCGAGUCACGUUGGGUCCCACGAACGUCCGUUAUUCGAUCCUCGUCGAUUCAGGCGUCAGCCGGUUUCGAGCGAAACGCCCGAGCGAGUGAACACCCGCCCGAGUAAACACACGCCCGAUCGUCAGCCGGCAAGGCAGCUCUUGAAGCCUUCAUCAAAAUGUCCGGCUCCAUUGGCAAACUGUACAGACGUCCCUUCACCGUGUGCGUGGAGGGCAACAUAGGAAGCGGCAAAACGACGUUUCUAAGUCACUUCAAGAAAUUCGACAAUGUCACUGUGUUGGAGGAGCCGGUCGAGCUUUGGCGCGACGUGUCCGGGACGAAUCUGUUGGAAAUGAUGUACGCCGAACCGUCUCGUUAUGCCUUCCUGUUCCAAUCUUACGUACAACUGACUAUGCUCCAAUUGCACACUUGUAAGACACCCUCGCCGUACAAAAUUAUGGAGAGAUCCGUAUACAGUGCGAUGUGCUUCGUCGAACAAUUAAAACGCAGGGAUGUACUGCGCGAUGUUGAAGUCACUGUCUUAGAGAACUGGUAUGACUGGUGUUUGAAAAGUGCCAAUAUAGAAACCGACUUGAUAAUAUACUUGAGGACAACACCCGAGAUCGUCUACGAGAGAAUGAAGCAACGAGGUCGAAAGGAGGAGAACGCCGUAUCGUUGGAGUAUCUGAAGCAAACCCAUCAGAUCCACGACGACUGGCUCUAUCACCAAACUCUGAAGCCGGUGCCAUCGCCGGUUAUAACCAUAAACGGCGAUCGAGAGCUUCACGAAAUGGUAGAGGAAUUUGAUAAGUGUAAAAAUGAGAUCUUUAGCAAGGCGAUAGACGAUAGCGAAGUUAAUAAUACGAUGAUUGCGACCGUACCGACAAAUCGGGUGCUACCCGAAAUCAAAGCUGUCUCGGAUUAAGUUGUAGAAUAAGGAAAGAUAAAAAUAAUUUAAAUAUGGUUGAACCGAACAUGCCGUGUGCAUUUACACUGAUUAGUUAUUUCCUGUACGUACAACUUUGUACUUGCGUUGUUCCACCAACUGCAUUUACUACUCUCAUUACAUAUAUUUACUUCUUUUUGAAAUUUAUCUUAUUGUGAUAUUGUAUGUAAUUUCGUUUUAUGCAAUACGUGAUUAAUCGAUUUUCAUAUGAAAAAAUUAAUUUUACAUUCUGUUGAUAUUCAAAUUACAAAAUUAAUACAUUUUAAAUUAUUCACGAGGGACUUAUGUCUGACGCAAUGCAUAUUUAAUUGAGUUUUUGAUAAAUUGUUUGUUUAAAAUUAACUAUUUCAAAGAAUUAUUUGUAGUUAAUUAUUCUAAGUAAAUCUAUGUAUUUAAAUACAGGGUGGGGCAAUAAUCCUAAUAGUUAUUGCCCCACCCUGUAUAUCCCUUAUAACAUAUAUAAUUAGAUUUUUUAUCAACGAGUACAAAAUAACGUUAGUACUAAACAAUUUGGGAAUAUGAAUAUCUACGGAGAUAUUGCGUGACAAUGAUAAAUUACUUAUCACGGAUUCUAUAAAAACGUGCAAAUACGAUUAUCUUGGAAAAUCAAUUGUAUCCAAAAAUGUUUUAUUCCUUUUUAUAAGACUGUUUUGCAAAACGUUUUGGAAAAGGAAGUAUAAAAACGCACGCAAUAUAUGGGAAUACGAGUAUGUGAAUGUAUGAUAAGAGAAAAUCUGAGAAUAUAAGGAUAUACGAGAGAAAGAUACACGUGUUCUAAUUUAAAAAGUAAAAAGAAAAUAUAUUUAUUAUAUAACGCAACUAUAUGCGAAUGCAUACACUUCAAUUUUAGAUAACGCUGGAUUUAAGUGUGUAAGGCUGCAUACGUAUGUCUUGAAUGUAUGUGAACUUAUAUGAUGACUCAAUGAAAUACAUAACAUUUGGAGAA